AUGCAACUUCCGCCGCAGAAGCCGCCCCAGGGCAGAGCGACGAGAUGCGAGCGCCGCCCUUGUCGUCUGGAACGACAUCGAGAGACGACUGCCCUGUCUGUCGCAGUGCAUCAACCACCGACUGAUGAGUCUUCGCCCACUCCUUCAGGAUCCAACUUCGCCACCAGCGCCUACGCCCCACCAAUGACUGGGUCAGUCGAAGAGGAGGCAAAGUUCUACGAAGAUUUGUACGGCCUACUGGCGCCUGUGCCGAAGACGGAUAAGUUGACCGUCCUUGGUGACGUCAAUGCCCGCGUCGGAACAGAUAGCAUUGCCUGGGGGCAGUACUGGGCAGUUACGGAAUCGUCGGUUGCAACGACAAUGCCCUGCGUUUUCUGCAGACCUGUGCUGAACACCGCCUUCUACUAG